AUGAUGGUGCGCCUCCGAGCAUCCGAUUCGACGCCGAAAGUUUCCGACAUGAAACAACGUCGCCGGCGCCGGCGCCGGCGCUGUCGCAAACGCGGGGACGCUGGGGUCAUCCUGCCGACCGAGCUAGUCCUCGAGAUCCUCAAGCGCGCCUCGCCAUCCACUGUUGCCCGCUGCGCCGUCACCUGCCGGCCGUGGCUCCGCCUGGUGUCGCGUCGCUCCUUCGCCCGCCGCGCGGCCCGUCCGCGGCGCGCGCUCCUGCUAGGCUUCUUCGCGUUCGACCACGCGGAGGACGACGAGCAGGCGAUGCUCCCGCCGCGCUUCGUGGAGUGUCCGGGCGGCCCGGCCGGCUGGCGGUGCCCGUGCGUCCCGCGGCUCGACCCUCGCUGCCGCGACCUGGACCCCGUCCUGUCCCGCAACGGCUAUCUCGUGCUCAGCCGCGCCGCCGUCCUCGCCGGCACCCCGACCACCAUCAACUACUGCGUGUGCAACCCCUCCACCGGCCUCUGCCACUUUCUGCCGCCGUACCGGGUCCACGACGACAUCGGGUUCUGGGAGUACGGCUGCGCGUUGCUCACCGGGAGAGACCUGCGCAGCCGCGCAUCACCGCCGCCGAUCUCAUCAUUCGAGCUCGUCUUGGCAGCGAUCCACAUGGAAGAGCAUGUGCUCUGGGUAGACAGCUUCUCCUCCUCCACGAUGAGCUGGAGCCCGACGUGUCGCCUCGAGAUCCCGUACGUCCCCAUCGCUAUGGUUGACGAAUGGCGGGAGUGGGACUUCACGUCCCGGCCCCGGUCCCGGUCCCCGCUUCGCCAAUCCUGGACGAGCCUGGAGAUGCACCCAAAGAACCUCCCGGUGGUCGACGAGGACGGCGUCAUCUACUGGCAGUGCUCCCGCGACCACGGCGCCGGCGCCGCCCGGGUCGCGCUGGCGCUGGACAUGCGAUGGCGAGGGCACGUCGAGCUGCUGGACCUCCCGGGCGAAAGCCGCUGCUCCGGCGCGUACUGGGACUUCGGCGUCGUGCUCGGCUGCCGCAGCAGCGACGGCGCGCUCCUCGCCUUCGGGCUGGCCGAGUACGACGGCCCCGUGCUCAAGAGAUGGUGGACCGUGAAGAGAAGUGUCGAUCGCUCCAUUCCCACGGGGUGCACCUGGCACCGCGGCGGCGACGUCGAUCUGCGCCGGGCGAUCUCAAGCUGCUGCUGCGGCGGGGACGCUGUCGACGACAUUGGCGGCGUGAAGCUGCUGUGGUACUGCGAGAAGAGCAACGUGCUGGUGUUCAACACGGUUGCCCUGGGCAGCUUCGCGCUGGAUCUCAAGACCGGGCGCGCCGAGGCGGUCGGGGAGGUCCUGCGCUGCAAAUCGGAGUUCUGUGCGAGGAAUGCUUAUAUAUGGUGGAGGGCUUGCCCGUACGAGAUUGACUGCCCGCUUACGUGGAUCACGUCCCCAAGCGAUAAUACUAGACGGGUCUCUCUAGGACACAUCUAG